GAACUUAGCGGAGAACUGCGAGCUGCAACUCUCGCAACCUGUGCUCGACCAUCCCCUCCUUUGGUCACUGCAAACGGACGGUACUUUGGACAAUUUGUUUGCGACUGCUGUUCGCUCCGAUUCUACCAGUUUAUACCCAUCGUCAAAACCACCAGGAUCGGAAACAACAAUGAGGGUGCGAUAAGAUACACCCCAGAUCAUGACGUCGAUUCUUUGUUUAGCUCACUACUGUGACCUUCACGGGCCGACACCCCUGAUGGUCACAGAGGGGCUGCCGGUGGCCUGCGGUAUAUGUUGCGACGAACCCCAGGGAUUGCGUGGCGGCGCCAGUACCUUCGACAGGCCUCGCACCCGUGUCCCUACUUCCGGCGAAUCAACUCAUACAGCCAACGUUGCGGAAGCCCUGCGGCGCAUGAGCAUCGCUGGGCCCCAUCGGAGCUCAUCCGUACCGGCAACGGAGCAAGAAGCCGAAGCACAAGCUCACCGCGCGUCCCUCCGGCAUGCAGCCAAGGCAGCUGCAGCAGCGACGUCCGGGUCUGCCAUUGAGACGCCUCCCCAGAGUCCUCAGCUUUCCGAGGGCUCCGGCGUACAGCAGCGGAACGCACGCCGAGACUCGGGCUUUCGCAGGACCUACGAUGACUACGUGACGCGUCGUGCUGGACCAUGCGAGAACUGUGCGCUGACCUUGCCAAAGCGGCAAGAGGGCAACACAAAUGUUGGAAUCGAUUCGCGACUGGACCGUGGCCCCACCCUCAGGACACGAGCGCCAUGCGCGCGGGUCUUUACCGGGUUCGACGUCAAUACUUCGCCUCCAACAUCACAGUCUUCCUCGUCUUCCCCGUCCGAGGACGAAUCCGGCGGCCGGCCACGCGUAUCCCACCGUCGCACAGCGACGGGUGUCUCACUCACUUCGCGCUCGAGUGGUAGCUCUGGGAGUACCGCCGCCAGCGUGCAUACCCACUAUCUCGACUACACAUCGACCCACGAGCCCAUUGUGCCGUCGUCGUUCUCCCUUGUACGGGCGUCAUGUCUGCGUACCCUGUCGCUAGAAACUCUUCCGCGCGCACCAGCAACCAGCCCGCCGUCGGCCGGCGCCGCGAUCCCUACGCCGGGCGGGUCACCAAACAGCCCUGGUAUCGUGACGACCCACAGCAUCGGUGCCGCCGCAUCAGGUGGUUCGAUAUUCUUUGGCGACAAAAAGGUCGGCUACACGACCGCCUACAUCUUCCGUGUCCCGGAUGUCCACGCGCGCGGGCACAAGCGUGUCUACGCCUUCCUGGCCCUCAGCACCCACCCGGAACCCGUCGCCGUGAAGACAUUUACAUUUCUGUCCACUGCCUUCCGCGACCUGGCCUCUUGGAUUCAAGAGCUGGCUGAGGCGGAAGCUGAGCGUGCCCAAGCCGAGUCAUCCGGCUCGACGGCAAGCAGUCCCGUUGUUCCCGGCCCCGGUUACGGAAGCUUCCAAUCCGAGCCGGCUGCCCCUCCCGUCUCUGCAACCACCAGCAGCAGCAGCUUCCUAAUGGGCGGUGUAGGCGGGUUGUCGCGCCGGAUGGGUGGCGGUUUUGGCGCUUCCGGAGUCGCUCUGAAGCAGCGCGGCUUGGCGGAGCUCGUCGGCCUCCCGGAUUUCUUCAUUGAGCUGCACGCUAGGUUUGUGAGGCUUCUCCUCGAGAUCGGGGUGAUGGUUGGCUCCUGAAGCGUCCAAACCGUCCAGUCCUGUCGUUAUGGAAAACGACAAGGAGGACCUAGCAGCUUUG